AAAACACCUGUUUCAGAAAAAGGGAGAAAAAUGUACGGGGCUCCAACCGCCACCAUUACCACCAUCUUCUCCGUCGCUUCUCCUUCUCUGCAACCACUACCUCCGGCUUCUUCCACAUCCAAUCUCUGACCGCCACCGCUGCAUCCACUACCAGCUCCGCGACCACAACUCUGUUCAUCUCCUCCCUUGUCGAACCGGUGUGUGCUCUGACUUUUAGACUAGUAUUGAGUGAGUGUGGAUCGAAAACUGUAAUCGAAAUGGAAGUGAGGGAUUUGCUGAAGGACAAAAAGUUUUGGGUCGCCUCCUUCCUCAUUGCCUGGGCAGCGGGUCUCCAGGGGCACAUGAUGUGGCUGCAAAGACAGGACUCCUUCAAGCAAAAGUUUGGGAAUCCCAGCGAUGACAAUGAUGAAGCUGGUAAAUAAGGCAUGCCCUUCAAAUUUUCCUUGAAAUUAACAAUUGGGUUUGUGCUAAUGUAAUCUGAGAUAAAGUUGAAGGCUUGUGAAAUAUUUGUUAACUGUGUUUCGUGCAUUACAUCGAGUCUAAGAUUUUCUUCAUGAGUUUUAAAUGGAAUAAUAUUCUGGAAAUCAUCUUUGUUGCUAUUGGACAAAUUAAAAAGAAGUUUUUGUAGCUUUGAUGUAUGAAUGAAACUAUCUAUGAAAUCUUAUAUGAGAGUUUAGUCUCA